ACCUCCCAGUCCACCGUGGCCGCCUCCUCCUCCUCCUCCCAUUCCACCGUUCAUAUUCACUGCGACGGGCAUGUAGCCCCUCUGAACAGCUGCUUCGCUAUCGUUCCUCGUGCUGAUCGCUGAGAGCAGAGGGUCACGAUGGCGGAUGCGGCUAUAGGGUGGAUCAAGAUGUGAUGAACAUUGCGAUAUGGCAGGGGGGAGGCGUCUCAAAUUCUCUUUUGUUUGUCUCCGAGUGUGUUUUUGGCGUGAGGGUGUGCCGCGUGAGAGAGAACAGCUGAAACGCGACUGUAGAGCCAAUUGUGGCAGUUUCGGCUUGGAAUGCAUCGAUGCCAGCGUGAGCGGGCGUACUGUCUACAGGGUGUACAAGGGAGAUCUUUAUGAUAGCCAGAAUACCUCUGUCCUACGAGAUACCCGUAGAGAAAAGCACAGGGGGUCUAGAUACCACCGGCAGGAUCAGAUGAACAGAUGGAUUGUGGCGGGGAAGAGCCUUUCUCGGCAUCUGAUUUCUGGUCGAGAACCAGUACAACUUGGUCUGCCGAUUUGUACCGACAGACUCAAGGGCAGGGCAGUGCACGAGAAUGGUGCUCUACAGCUGUUCUACGGUUCUCUGUCAAGGUAGCCAGCCUGCACCGUAGUAGACGGCCCGAGCUUCCAUGGCAAGCCUCGUGUUGAUUGACCCUCGUGUGCAGGUGGCUGCCCCGGACCAGCCACGAUGGGGGAGGAUAUUGCCUUGCGUGAUACUAUACCUGCUUUACAGGGUCAAGACU